UGUGUGUGUGUGCUAAAGCAAGCAGGGUUGUGUCUGUCUGUGUGUGCUAGGGUGUUCAUUUCUCUUAGGCAUCUUGGUUGUUUCUGUAGUGACUUCCCUCCUAGGCUGUGUGUUUUCCAUGUUUCCUACAAACUUGUGAAUGUGCACCUGUAACUGUGGUUCCUUGACUUUGCUGGGUCAGUAUUGUAGUAGGAUGGGCAGACUUCCUUAUGUAAGCCUUCCUGCCUCUCCAGAGAUGGGGCUUGUGGCUGAACCUUCUCAAACUGUCUGUGAGCCCCUCUCCAGCAGCCACAUGUCCCGACAUGUGCCCGCAGUCCGGAAUUUUACCCGCCUCCACUCACAAAUCACACACUCACGACACACACUUAGGCGCCUACGGUUGCACUGGCCAAUUCUCCACCCCCUCCCUUUGCUUAAACUUCGGAAUUUCCAGCCGACCGGCCAACCGCUCCCAGCAGCGGGUGGAGUUGAGAAGGGCCCGCCCAGUUCUCGGGGUACAAAACUAGCUCUGCAGGACUGCGCGGCCACUUGUCCUUCAGGUCUGCGCACAAUGUGUCACUCUCGAAGCUCCCUCCCCACCAUGACCGUCCUGCGGGCUCCGACCUCGGUCCCCUCCACCAGCCCGGGACCCCAACGGGGCUCCGGCCCCGAGAUCUUCACCUUCGAUCCUCUCCCGGAGACCGCGGUGGCCCCCGCUGCGCGCCCCAGCGCCUCCCGCGGGCACCGAAAGCGCAGCCGUAGGGUCCUCUACCCACGAGUGGUCCGGCGUCAGCUGCCAGUCGAGGAUCCGAACCCUGCCAAAAGGCUGCUCUUUCUCCUGCUCACCAUCAUCUUCUGCCAGAUCCUGAUGGCUGAAGAGGGUGUGUCGACACCCCUGGUCCCGGAGGACACCCCCAGCGCGCAGUCCCCCGCGCCCACCGUUGUGCCCCCGGUCCUCGAGCCCCUUAAUCUGACCUCGGAGCCCUCGGACUACGCUUUGGACCUCAGCACUUUUCUCCAGCAACACCCUGCCGCCUUCUAACCGGACUCUCCACAUCCCCAGAAGAAUCUGAAAAACCAAGAAACACUGGGUGUACCUGGUGGGAGAAAGAGCGUAUCCCAAACUGGGACUCCCAAGGCAACUCGCACUCAGAACACUACAGCGGAGAUGCCAGCCCGAGCCUGGGAGAGACAGGCACCGAGACGCCGGGGCUAGGCCGGGUGGC